CAGCCUCCGGCCCGCCCGCCAGUCUGGGCUCCCGCACAUCUGGCGAUCCCGCCACAUCUGGGCAGCCGGCGCUGGAGCAUGAACGGCUCUCAGGCGGGCGCGGCGGCUCAGGCUGCCUGGCUGAGCUCCUGCUGUAACCAGUCGGGGUCGCUGCCGGAGCCCCCCGAGGGGCCGCUUGCGGUGCAGGUGGCGGUGCUUGGCGUGCUGUCGCUGCUGGUGCUUUGCGGGGUCCUGUUCCUGGGCGGCGGCCUCCUCCUCCGCGCCCAGGGCCUGACAGCGCUGCUGGCCCGCGAGCAGCGCGCGUCCCGCGAGCCCGAGUCCGGCAGUGCCAGCGGAGAGGACGGCGACGACGACUCCUAGGCGCCCAGCUGCGCUCAGAGGUCGCGGCCUCCAGGCGUCCCCUGACUCCGAGCCGUCCGGAGCGUGCCCGACGGCUGCUGCGGUCGCAAUCUCUUACCCUGAGCGGCGCGCCCCACACAGAGAGGAGAAGAAGAGAAGAGGAGAAUAGAGAAGAGAAGAGGAGAGGAGAGGAGAGGAGAGAAGAG